GAAAGUUGCUAUUACUGCUGGGUGUAAAACCACCACGUCUGCAGUCAUGGUUCACUGCAUGCGCCAGAAGACAGAGGAGGAGCUCUUGGAGGCCACGCUGAAAAUGAAACUUUUUACUCUGGAUAUGCUUGGAGACCCCAGAGAGAGCACUCCCAUGAUACCCACUGUAAUGGAUGGUGUUGUGCUGCCCAAGACACCAGAGGAGAUUCUGGCUGAUAAGAAGUUCAACACUGUCCCUUACAUUGUGGGAAUCAACAAGCAAGAGUUUGGCUGGAUUUUGCCCAUGAUGAUGGGAUUUCCCAUCUCUGAAUCCAAGCUGGACCAGAAGACGGCCACAUCACUCCUGCAGAAGACUGGCUCUCUUCUGGAGGUCCAAGACGAACUGACUCAAAUGGCCACUGAGAAGAAUUUUAGAGGGAUAGACGACCCUGUCAAAAUCAAAGACCUCUACCUGGAGUUGGUUGGAGAUGUGUUUUUUGUAUCCCAUCUGUGACUGUGGCUCGUGGUCACAGAGGUAAGUCACAGAGGUUGCAUAGGAGAGGGACACUGCCACCUCCCAAUAUCCAGUCACUUAUGGGCAAAGAAAGUGGAGGGUGAGCACAUACAGUGCAAUAAGAUUUUCAGAGAGGGGAGACAGAGAAAGAGAGGGAACACAAUGAUAGAGCUUUGUAAAAUCACAAAUUGACAAACAAUAUUUGUAUAAACUUAUGGAGUGCAGUGUGGUUAUGAUUUAUGAACACAUUGUUCGAUAAUUCCAUCAAACUGGUUAACAGACCCAUCUCCUCAAAUACUUGGCACUUUUUGCAGGGAGAACACUUGACAUUUUCAUUCAGUAACUGUUCAGUGCAAAACACUCUAUUAUCAACUGUGUUUACCACACUGUCCGGUAGAACAACAUCAAAAGAGAAGACCAACAUUUCCCCAAUGGGUAUUUUGUACUCUUUUAACAACACCCUUCUUUACUCCUCAUCUCUUGCCUGUUACCAAAAUUUUAUUCUUUCUUCUAUGACUUCUAAUUGAGCUAUAAGUUGUCACAUGUGGUACUUUUCUUUCUAAGCCUUAUCUCCCUCAGCAUGUUGGUCCCCAUUUCAACAUGUAAUCUAAAAUGGUAUCAUUCUUUUCUUUUUAAAAACUAAAUAGAAUUCCAUUGUGUUUCUCUCCCACAUUUUCUUUAUCUUUUCAUCUGUUAAUGUACAUAGGUAAUUUCAUGAUUUGGCUCUUGUGAGUCGUUCUACUGUGAACAUGGGUUGAAGAGAUCUCUCCCACAAACUACUUUCAAAUCUUUUGGGUAGAUACUCAGAAGUGGGGUUGCUGGAUUACAUGGUAAUUCUGUUUUUAGUUUUUCAACAACCAAUCAUCUUGUUUGACAUCUGUACUAACAGUAUUAAAGUGUUCUCUUUUCUUUUCAUCUUGGUUAAUAUUUUUCCCUUUUAUUUUGGUACCUGGAAUUGAGCCCAGGGGUACUCCACCACUGAACUACAUCCCCAGCCCUUUUUGUUUCGAGACAGGACCUUGCUAAGUUGCCAAUGAUGGCUUUGAACUUACAAUCCUCCUGCCUCAGCCUCCUGAGCUGUUGGGAUCACACAUGUGCCCCCACAGUGCCAGAUCACCCUUUUUCCUUUUCCAUUCUUUUUGAUAAAAAUUAUUUGGACUGGGUGGGUGAUACCUCAUUGUAGCUAUAGUUUGUGUUUUCCCAGUGAUUAGUGAUGUUGAGCAAGUUCUCAUCUACCUGUUGUCCAUUAAUAUGAUUUCUUUUCAGAAACGUUUGUGCAGGGCCCCUACCCACUUUUAAAUUUGUUGUUUUGUUUUUUUUGCUGUUGUCCAAAGGCCCUGCAGAGCUUAUAUUUAACUCUUUAAUGCAUUAUGGCUUGCAAACCUUUUCUCCUGGUUUGCAGGUUGUUUUUGCACACUGUUCCUUGUUUUCCUUUCUUGAAGGAGCUUACAGUUCGAUGAAAUCUCAUUUUCAGUUUUCACUGGGUUGUCCUCAAUUUGGGAAUCAAAUCCAGAGUCAUUGCCCAGACUAGUGGGCAAUGUUUUUUUUUUCCCUCUGUUUUCUUCGAUCAGUCUUUGAAAAUUCAUGUUAUUUCUAAGUCUUUCACCCAUAUUCUUUAGUAAUUUUUGUUUAUGGUGUGAUAUGAGUUUCAAUUUCCUAUUUCUUCAGGUCAAAAAUCCACUUUCUUAAUAUUCUUUAUCCAAGAGACUGUCUUUUCCCAUUUUCUAUUCUUAGCAUCUUUGUCAAAAAUCAGUUGACUUCACAUGCCUGGGUUCACAUCUGGGCUCUCUAGUGUGUUCAUUGAUGGAUGUGUUGAUUCUUUUCUUCCAAUAGUGUGUUAUUUUAAUUACCAUAGCUGUUAGUGUACUUUGAAGAAGACGGAGGUUACAUCUCCAGCUUUUUUUAUUUCCACUCAUGAUUACGUUGAACCAGUUUUUUGUUUGUUUUAUGUGAAUUUUACAAUUUUUUCCCUAUCUGUCUGAAGAAUGAUGUUGGAAUUUUGAUAGUGAUUUCACUGAACCAGUAGAUCACUUUGAUUAGCAUAGAUAUUUUGACAAUAUUACUUCUUCCAAACUGUGAUCAUUGGGUAUCUUUUUUUGCAUUUGUGUCAUCUUCAAUUUCUUUCAUCAGUGUCUUAUAGAUUUUAGUGUCCUGGAAACA